GCCAGUGGAAAUUAGUUGAAACAUGAUUUCGCUACUCGCCCCAUUUGAAGAGCUCACGCAGCAGAUCAGCUCAUCCACUGCAUCGUCUGCAGAUGUUAUACCAUCCAUCAGAGCUUUAACUCGUCUUCUUGAGAAGACAGCAGAGACUGACCACGGUGUAAAAACUUCAAAAGCCACGUUGUUGGAAGCGGUCCAGAAAAGAUUCUGUGACAUUGAGUCUGAGCGCCUGUAUAGCAUUGCUACAAUCCUCGAUCCAAGGUACAAAGACAGAUAUUUUUCUGACGCAGUCAAGCCCCAGAUACGUGGACUGCUUUCUAAUGUCCUGGCCACUGGAUUGGAGCAGCAGGAUGGUGAGGCGAGUUUGGCUGCAAGCGGGUCCGGACCCCCAGAGAAAGUACCACGAACCGGCUCCUUGCAUGCUAUGUAUGCUGAGUUGUUGGGUGGAGAUCAGGAAUGUGGUAGCAGUGACAACAGCAGCUCAGCAUCAUUGCAAUUGAAUUUCUACCUGUCAGAGCCAGUUAUCGCUCAAAGUGGACAGCCACUUGUUUACUGGCAGAACAAUAAAAGCCGCUUUCCCGCUCUCGCACAAGCAGCACGCACCUACCUCUGUGCACCGUGUACAAGUGUUGAUAGCGAACGACUUUUUAGCACAGCAGGGAAUAUUAUUGAUGAGAAGAGGAACAAGCUGUCAGCCAAAAAUGCAGAGAUGCUUAUAUUUAUAAAGAAAAAUCUGCCAUUGAUGCUUAAGAAGUAAGCUUUGGGCAAUCUAAUAAUCUCUA